AUGCAUCCUCAGGUUGUGUGCAUACAACCUACUGGAUACAAGUCCCUUGGAGCAGUAUCGUUUUGUUUAGCAAAAAUUUUUGCAGUCGGAGAAGUAAAAAUCAUGCUUAUCGCCGUCCAGCUUGCAAGGAUCUUUUUGGUCGGGAUGACCGUAGCCCUGGCCACCUCCAAUUCCACAGCCGCCGGCGCCGACACAUUCAACAUUGGCAAAGCCGCAGCAAUCACCAAGAGGCCUGACUGCCCUAACAAAUGUGGAAAUCUUUCCGUUCCAUACCCCUUCGGAAUUGGCAUUGGCAGCGGCUGUGGCAUUGGCGAAGGAUUCGAAUUCAAUUGCAGCAUGGCAUUCGAUCCUCCCCGAGCCUUCCUCGGCACCAUUCAGGUAUUUGAAAUAUCCGACAACCAAAUAAGAAUCUCCAAUGUCGUGGCCAGGAGAUGCUACGACAAAGCUGGCACAGUUUUGAUGCAGAACACUGCCUCCUCCGACAUUAGCAGCACUCCAUACAGCUACUCAGACGUAAAUAAAUUUACAGUCGUUGGCUGCAGUGAUUUAGCGCUUUUUACCAUAGUCGGCAGCCGGAACUUCUCCAGCGGCUGCGUUUCAGCCUGCUCGACCGUCGAGAAUGUGGUCGGCGGAUACUGCUCCGGUGAUGGAUGCUGCCAGAUUUCCCUGCCAAAAGGAUUAAAAUACUACAAUUCCAGUCUCAUCGGCUUGGGAACUCCCACCCAAGCUAACGUUUCUUGUGGUUAUGCAUUUCUUGGAGAGGAGGAAAGGUUCAGUUUUGGUGGGCUUUCGGAUCUAUCCGACCCAGAUUUCUUGCAGCGGAUUCGGAGUACAGUUCCAAUCGUUCUUGAUUGGGCAAUUGGGAAUGUGACUUGUGCACAAGUCCAGAAUUCUUCAGGUUACGCCUGUAAGGCUAAUAGUCAGUGUGUCGAUUCGGACACUGGAUUAUAUGGGUAUCGAUGCAGCUGUAAUAAGGGGUAUGAAGGCAACCCUUAUUUAGAUCCCGGCUGUACAGACAUUGAUGAAUGUGUGGAUCCAAACCUGAAUGUCUGUGAAAAGAUCUGCAUCAACACGCCGGGAGGGUUCAGCUGUUCUUGUCCACGGGGACAAUUUGGGGAUGGCAGAAAGAAUGGUAAAAGCUGCAACAAACGCAUCUCUGAGCUCCCUGUGACCAAGGUGUCCUUAGGAGUUGGGUUCGGUCUUUUGUCCUUCAUAAUUAUUGUAUCCUUCAUGUACGUCAGCAUCAAGAAAAGAAAGCUGGCAAACCUACGGAAGCAAUUCUUCCAGCAAAAUGGUGGUUCGUUGCUGAAACACCAUCUCUCUUUCCACAAAGGGGCCAUGGAACCUACAAAAAUAUUCACAGCCGAUGAGCUGAAAAAAGCGACUAACAAUUAUGCAGACAACAUGAUCCUUGGCAGAGGAGGAUACGGAACAGUCUACAAAGGCAUUCUUCCCGACCACCGCACAGUCGCUAUUAAAAAAUCGCGCAUAAUGGACAAAAGCCAAAUCGAACAAUUCAUCAAUGAAGUUGUUAUCCUCACACAGGUCAAUCACAGAAAUGUGGUCAAACUUCUUGGAUGCUGUCUGGAGCUAGAAGUGCCCCUGUUAGUAUACGAGUGUGUCUCUAAUGGUACACUCUUCGAGCACAUCCACAACAGGGCGAUGAGUUGGUUGUCAUGGGAGAAUCGUUUACGUAUUGCUGCAGAAGCUGCAUCAGCCUUGUCUUAUCUUCAUUCAGCCGCAUCGACUCCUGUUAUCCACAGGGACGUGAAAUCGGCAAACAUCUUGCUGGACGAAUAUUACACAGCCAAGAUAUCAGAUUUCGGAGCCUCCAGGCUGAUCUCACUUGGCCAAACAGAAGUAACAACACUUGUUCAGGGGACAUUAGGGUACCUGGAUCCUGAAUACUUUCACUCGGGCCAAUUAACUGAAAAAAGUGACGUAUACAGCUUUGGAGUCGUGCUUGCGGAAUUAGUGACAGGGAGAAGACCCAUCCACAUUGGAAGCAACCAGGAAAAUCAACCCCUGACAACCUGUUUCAUCACAGCUGUGAAAGAAAACAGAAUGUUUCAAAUCCUGGAGCCACAAGUUGUCCGGGAAGGAUCCCUGGAGCAGCUCCAGGCAGCUGCGCAGCUAAUAAUAAAGUGUUUGUACCUUAACGGGGAAGACAGGCCAACAAUGAAGGAAGUGGCGAUGGAACUUGAAGGAUUGAGGAAGUUCACCAGACAUCCUUGGGCUAAUAAUCAAAGUAAUGUUCAAGAAGAAUCGGUGGGAUUAAUGAGCUACAGCGGCCGUGAAAUUACUGAUCUUUAUACUGCUCCAAUUACAGAGGCCGAUUUUUACACUGAUCCCAAAUUAGUAGAGGAGAAUUUGCAAGGCAGUACAUUUUGAACAGCAACCUUGGUCAAUGUGAUUGAAUUGAAGAAGCGUUUACGCUUUGUUAAUUAUCGUUCUGUAACAAAAGUUUCCAUCCGUUAAGGUCCAUGUGAAUCAUUGCAUUGCAUGUUUCCUUUUUCUCUUUUUCUUUUUUUCGUGAAUGAUUUAUUUUGUUAAGCUGGUUAUUACACACACAAAUACUCGAGUUUGCAAU